ACGAAGCAAAUGUUACAUGUUACAUAAGGUAACUUAUCAAAAGUUGUAAUUUGUAUGUUAUAUUAUUUAGAAGAAUUUGUACAUUGAAAUAAUUUUAGAAACAAAGUAAUUAAUAAAUAAUCAUCAUUAAUUUCAUUUCAUUAAGAAUCUUCCAUAAUUAUGAAUUGUCAGUGUACAAAAAAUGGAAUAAAUCAAAUAUAUAUAAUUGAAUAGUCCCAGAAUUGUUUUGCACCACGAGGAUUUUUUGAAAUAUUGAAAAUACAUAGCAAAAGUAUCGAGAAGAAUCAUUAUUAAAAAAAAAAUGUCGGGUGGUAUGAAAUGUAAAAACUGUGGGAGUUCUGAAAUAGAAAUUGGAGGAGGAGAUGCAGUGUGUAUGAAUUGUGGAUCAGUUCUUGGAUCUAAUAUUAUUGUUUCUGAAGUUCAAUUUGAAGAAGGAGCUCAAGGAUCUAGUAGGGCUAUUGGUCAGUUUAUUGCAUCAGAUGCAAAAGGUCCAUGUAAUAGAUUAGGGGCUAGUCUGAAUUUCCGUCCAAACUCAGAUUCUAGAGAAAUUACACUGAGAAAAGCAAGAAAUGGCAUUCAAAUGUUGUGUUGUAAUUUAAGCUUAAACAGUGUCUAUGUAGAUAGGGCAUGUAAUUUUUUUAAAAUGGCAUUGUGUAGAAAUUUGACAAAAGGGCGUAAAAAUACGCAUGUUUAUGCUGCUUGUGUUUAUUUAACAUGUCGAACUGAAGGAACAGGACAUUUAUUAAUAGAUAUAAGUGAUAUUUUACAUAUUUGUUGUUAUGAACUUGGCAGAACAUAUUUAAGAUUGUCACAAGAAUUGUGUAUAAACAUUCCUGCCAUUGAUCCUUGUAUUUAUAUAUUGAGGUUUGCUUCCAAAUUGGAAUUUGGAAAUAAAACUCAAAUGGUGGCAAAUACAGCUUUGAGAUUGGUUCAACGAAUGAAAAGAGACUCUAUUCAUUCUGGUAGAAAGCCUACAGGAUUAUGUGGAGCAGCACUACUAAUAGCAGCCAGGUUACAUGAGUUUGGUCGAACAACUAACGAUAUUGUGAAAAUCGUAAAAGUACAUCAAUCAACUUUAAGGAAAAGAUUGGUUGAAUUUGGUGAUACUCCAAGUAGUGCAUUGACUUUAGAUGAAUUUAUGACAGUUGACUUAGACGAUGAACAAGAUCCUCCAUCCUUCAAAGUAGCUAGGAAAAAAGAUAAAGAACGACUUCAAAAAUUAAUAGAAGAUGAUUCAGAGAGCAUCAAAGAAUUACAAAAACAGAUCGAAGCACAAUUGGAAAAAGAUAGACAAAAGCGGCCGAGACCUUCCCAAAAAGGGUUAUCAGAAUCACAAGAAACAGAAAUCUUCAUCAAAGAAUCGACUAUAGAAAAAAUAAAUGAACUGCUUUCAGAGUGUACUGAGAAUAGUACAAAUGACGAAACAGAAGUAGUUGGACUAGGGCCAGACAUAGGAAGUAUGGGAUUAGCCAAAUCUCUUGAUGAUACUUCUAACGCUCCCCAAGCAGAGGCGGUGGAAAGUUUAGAAAUUGACUUAAAUUUUGAUGAUAUAGAUGAUGAUGAAAUAGAUUCUUAUAUUAUGAGCGAAAACGAAUAUUUACGUAAGAAUGGUUUGUGGAAUAUGAGAAAUGCGAAAUAUUUGGAAGAACAGAAAGAAAAAGAAGAAAGAAAGAAAGAAGAAAAAGAAGAAGGUAAGAAAAAGAAUAAGAAAAAAACAAAAAAAACCACAACUGCAGCAUGUUCAGCAAAAGAGGCUAUAGAAAAGAUACUUCAAGAAAAAAAAAUAUCGUCUAAAAUAAAUUAUGAUGUACUCAAGUGCUUGAGUGCAGAAUCUACAACUAAAAAUAAAAACAGUACCUCUCCAGAGCCAUCACCAAAAAGAUCAAGAUUGUCUUCUGUUUCAUCUAGUUGUUCUCAAGCAUCAACUGUUUCACGAAAAAUUAUACCAUCAGAUGGAGUAAAAAGUAAAUCGAAAAUUGAUAGUAUAGGAUUACCUGUAACUACCAGAACUGAGCAGAAUCAAGAAGAAACUACUAUUGAAGAUGAAGAUUUUGAAGACGAUGAAUUUUUUGAGAACCAGGGUGAAAACGAAAAUGAAAUGGGUGUCCUUCAAAUGUUUAAGAAAUUUAAAGAUGUGGAUGAUGGUGCUAAUGACUACGCUGAUUAUAAUGAUUAUGAUUGAAAAUUUUACCUGAAUGUUUUCUAUAUUACAUUUUUGAAAAUUAUAUUAAUUUAUUUGUUAA